CUGGGUUUGUUCCUUCCCUGUGUCCCACUUACAGCUGUUGGUUUUUCUCAUCUUCCUCUCCUUUGCUUCAAAUCACAGAACCAGAUGUUGGUGUUUGACAGUGCCCUGCAGGAGAGGUAUUGGACUAGCUGGGGCUUUGGAUGACCGACUUGCUGUGAAGCCAGGAGCCAGGGAGACCCGUCCUAUUGCAAAUGGAGCUGCCAAGUAAUGCCCCAAGCUGUAAAUUCCAACCAGGCUGUUGUGAACCAGCUGACUCCCUCUGCCUUCCUGAAGGAGAUGUCUCUUAGCACCAAGCAGAGCCUGGCCAGCACCUGGGAGAAGAGGCAGCCCCAGAUUACUCAGUUUUUAGACGAGAGUGAAACCUCCCAUCACAAGUUCUCAGCAGUUGACCUGGAACAGACCUUGUUUCAGUCUUUUCCUUCAGAGGUGGUAUUUCAGAACUACGUCCUCUUCAAGGUCUACGAAGUGCCACUGAUUCUGAGGAACACUGACAGGUAACCUUUCCUGGUAAAGGUGGUCUUGGAGAUGUCGCCUUACUUCAAGUUGACCAGCCCCAGUGAUGUGUGCUGUAAGGUAGCACCUGGCAUGUGUUCAGCUUUCCAUAUCCUGUUCACCCCUGAGGAGAGCAAGGAUUAUUUCCGCCAGCUCACCUGCAUCAGAAAGUUUAUUAUGCCAAUCUGAGCUAUAGGUGCCUGAGCUAUCCUGGACUUCCCUGACCAGCUGAACUUCUCCGUCUGUCCAGUCAAGUACAGCUCCCAGAAAACGCUGGUUCGCAACAUCGGUAACUGGGAGGCUCACUACCGCAUCAGCACUGAGAGCCCCUUCUCUGUCAAUCCCUCCACCGGGAAUCUUGAUGACACCAUGCAAGUGACAGUGGAGUUUCACUCGCUGAAGACUGGGGAUCCCUCCAGUUCACUGGUAGUUCACUAUGACACAGGUGAAGACACUCACACAAGCCUUUAUGGAGCAGCUGUAGAUGUCAGCGUCAGGCUGGCCAAUUACCUCACGCUGUCAAACCACAGAUCUGUGGUGAUUCACAAUCGGAGUGAAAACAUAGUCCAGUGGACUUUUGUUGUUGGCCAAAAAGAGGAAGAACAGAAAGUGGUUCAAGCUUGCUUAUCCCUGCAGAGGCAGAAAGAGGACGAGCUUGAUCUUUGUCUGAAGGAGUGCAAGGUGUACCCCGCUCUCCCAGAAGACCUUUCCCUUCUUUCCCACACCUUCCAGAACCAACAGGCAAAGGCGCCAGGAGACUCCAUGCUUUUCUCCAGUGAUGUGUUCACCUUUAGUCCUAGUUUAACAAAAUGCCUCUACCAGGUGCCAGUAAAGGAGGGAGAUAUCUGGCCAAAUUCUUCAGCUGAAAUUAAUGUGAUCUUUAAACCCUGAGAAGCCAGAGUCUAUCAACAGUCAGUCUACUGUGACAUCUCAGGCCAUGAGACCGGGCUUCCCCUGCGCAUCAAAGGGGAAGGCAUAGGGCCUCGGCUUCGCUUCAGCUGUGAGCAGCUGGACAUCGGGAAGGUUUUUGUUGGAUCAGACUACAGUUAUGAGGUGGUUCUGUUCAGCAAAGGAGCCAUCGAUGCUGUCUUUGACUUGGUCCCCCCAGCUACAGCUCUGGGCUCCCCCCCAGCUACAGCUCUGGGCUCCUGCUUCACUUUCCUCCCCCAGAAGGGCAUAAUUUUGCCAGAUGGGCUCCAAGUCAUCUGAAUUUCCUUCAGUCCCACCAUCCUGGGGGAGUUCACAGAAGAAUUCAGGUUCAGUGUGAAUGGAUCCCCUGAGCCUGUGACCUUGACUAUUAGGGGCUGUGUCACUGGACUGACUUUUCAUUUCAAUGUCCCUGCCCUCCACUUCGGUGAUGUCUCCUUUGACUUUCCUCACAUCUUCUUGUGUUGCCUCACUAACACCUCCUCAGUGCCCCCGACCUUCAACCUUCACAUUCCUGGGGACGGCUUGGGAGAGCCCAGUGUCAGAAGCUUUGUUCUGCUGUCAGACAACACUCACCCACCCCAGAGAAAGGAGCCCAAUGGCUUUACCAUAAAGCCCUGCAGAGGGACCAUCUGCCCCCUGGGACUCCUGGGUAUCCAGGUCACCCUGUGUUCCAACAGUGUGAAGAGCUACUAGCUGGCACUGGUUGUGGGCGUGUGUGGUAUUGGCAAGGAGGUGUUGGCGCUGCUCCUCACAGCCAGAUGCAUAGUUCCUCCACUGUGAAUGCUCAACCCCAUCAUGACGUUUGGAUGGUGCUUUCUAAAAUUACUUUAUCAGCAGAUGCUGACCCUUGUGAGUGACAGUGAUCUUCCAGGCUGCUACAGGGUUCUUCCUCAGAAACACAAGGAGGAUGCUUCUGUGCGAUACUCCAGCCCUGUGCUGUGGGGGAUUGUCCAGCUUUGCAGCUCGGUGGAGGUCCCGUUGACGCUGGAGGCCCAGGUGACCGGAGAGCAGGACACUGUUGCUCAUGUUGUGGUGUUUGGAAGUGAAGGGUCCCCUCUGAAAAUCCAUUUAGUGAGCACUGGAGAAGGACCAGUUAUCUAUGUGCAUCGAAGUAAGAUAAAUUUCGGCUGUAUUCAAGUUCUACAAGAUGCUUCCCAACCUCUCCACCUCUCCAAUCAGACUGUCAUCUCUGCAUCCUUUGGGGCAGAGAUGGCUGGCAAAUGCUUAUGUUGGAGGAUUGAACCCAGUGAAGGAGCGAUUCCCCCCAAGACAGAGGUGUCUGUGGCUGUCAUAGCAAACUUGGAUGACACUGAGAAAUUCAAGAAGAAGGUGAACCUGUUCAUAGAGAGCAGUCACACCUACAUUAUCCCUGUCCAGGCUGUUGGCAUUGGCGUCACAACUGUCACCAACCAAUCCAUUGCUCUGGAGCUCAUCUUGGGACCCCACUUCAGCUUGGAUCCCCGCUGUUACCACUAUCAAAGGAAUGCUCAUCAGCUCUAUUGGACAACAGAAGAUUUUGCCCCAUUUCACCAGUGUGAUCGUGUCUCUGCCACCAGCACCGCCAAGGGCAAAGGUUCCUCCCAGACCCAACCUGCCUGCCCUGUGUUUAAGCUUCAACUGCUAAGGAUGGAGCUGAUGUCGGGCAAGACUAUGGAGAUGAUGCUGGAAAGCUUCUCCAGCACUCCCCACGUAGUGAAGCAGCAGCUGCUGUGCCACGGCAUCGUGGGGAGCAAGGCAGGGGAGGCACAGAUAAUGCAAGUGGAUGUCACGUGCGAGUUCGUUCCUCCCAUUCUGCAAAAGUCCUCCAGAUAAAUCACUUUCUGGGUGAAGAAGCAAUCCAGUGAUGUCCUAACUCUUCUGCCAACCUCUUUAAGAAACAUCUCCCUGCUGUCACUCAGCAUCGUCUUGGCCUUAGAGCAGCCCUUCUUCAUCUGUGACACAGACUGGCAGCCCCUCUCUGCAGACACUCAGCCCAUGAAGCUGGAGAUAGGGGAGGAACUUCAUCUUCCCAUCAGGUUUAACCCUGCUUAUGGAGCAGAUUUGAGUACCCAGGUAGCAGAGAAGGUUCUGAAGAUAAAGUUAUUUGAGCAUCCUUGUGAGGAGCGGGUCACCGUUUGGGUAGAUUUCUACUUUCCGAAUCUCCAUACCCAGCCCAUGGCCCUGGACUUUGGCUGCAUCUUGAACGACACUGCAGAUGUGUGUUACAUUGAGAUGACCAACUGCAGCCCGCUUCUUGUCCAGUGCCACGGGUCAUUCCUGAUGGACAGCUGCGUGAGACAGAUGAAAGGUCCUGGUGACAGCCCUGCCCUUGGGACAAGGGUUGAAUUUGAGGCCCUGUCACCUGGGACUUACUUGAUGGAGGAGCUUUCUGUGCUUCUCUCUUUUCAAAAGUCCUACCAAAGCGAGCUGAAGAUUGGCCAGAGCAGCCAGUACCUCCAGCUGCAGGUCUCGGGGCGUGGGCUGGAGCCACAGCUGGAGUUCAGCCCCCCGGUGCUUGAGCUGGGACCAUUGCUGCUGUACAGCCGUGGAACAGAGGGGACGGUGGUGUUGAAGAACCCACGCAAGUUCCCCAUCAAGUUUUACUCACAUUGUGUUUUGUUUAAGAUGAUGAUGCACCGCUCUGUGGAUUCCCCAAAGCCUAACAGCCACAUUAGCGACAUUUUCGAGUUGGAUCCCGUUCAGAUGUGUGUGCCCAGCUGCUCCCGCGCCUUUGCCAUGGUGACCUUCACUCCGCAAACGAUGCAGAACUACCAGUGCACUUCUGAGGCUUCCCUUCAUGUUCAGGCAGGCCCCACAGCAAUUAAAGCACAGAGCCUGACCUUCAAUAUCAGUGGAGGUGGGAAUCUGCCUCAGGUGACAGUCCUGUGCCUGGUCCUUCACAAUAAGAGGGGGAACCCUCUGCUGCUCUUCAAAAAACUGUUGCUGGGUGAUUCAUAAAAACUCCCCCUGGUCCUUCCUAAUGGCGACAUUGUACCUGUCCCGUUGAUGAUAGACCUGACGGAUGGAGGGGGAAUUUUCUCCAUGAAAGCCAGGCCCACCACACACUGCAUCUACUGAGCUGCAGGCGCGGAGGUGGACGGUCCUGGAGAAGAGAGGAAGCCUCACACCACUUCCCUGGUCCUGCAUCACGGGGAAUUAGCAGAGUUUGAUGUGCUUUUCAAACCCACUCUGGCCCAACAUGUGGAAGGGAGGAUCCACCUGUCGGUGGUGGACAACCCCUAUGAAGAAACCAACAUUCAGCUGGGGGGUGAAGGCUAUGAGGAUGACUUCAUGCUAGAUAACAUCCAUGGACUAAUGGCAAACAGCAAGGAGAACCCUGAGGGCAAUCUGGAGGAAGACCUAACUGAGGCUGCCAGAGUGGAUCCCAUCCAGUUCAGGGACUGUCAUGUCAGGACACCCUACUCCAUGAGCUUCAGGAUCAUCAGCCGCAGCAGGGCCGAGGUGAUGUGGUUUGAGUGGCUGGCAGGUGCCCCGUUUCACUUCUUCCCCGAGGUGGGACACCUCCAUGCUGGCUGUGCUAUGAACAUCACAGUGACCUUGAGAUUGGAUGUCACGGUCACCUUUGAAAAGCACCUUGUGACAUGUAAAGUGGUUCAGGCCACUUUGCAGCUGCAGCAGGAGCAGGUUCCCAGCUGGGACGACCGCCUGUGCGCCGUCAAGUGGGUGGGUGCAGUGAGGGGCCCAGCAGCCACAUGGCCUGUCAAGAAGAAGGUGAUUGAGAUCAACCCAGAACCAGCUCACAAGGUCCUGGAGAAGAGCAUCCAUGGCAUGAUUGACUUCCAGCUGUCCAGUACAGGGAAUGUGGCCCUGGAAUACACCUGGGUGGUGGCUGUGGAGGAUGAAAGGGCAGUGAGCUGUACUGGGGAGCUGCUCCCACCCAGUCUAGAUGAGGUGGAGCCCCUGCUCACAGCAGCCAUCGGAGCUCAACGGCAGGGCCAUGACACACCAACCCACAGUAACGUGGUUGUGUCUGAGCUCACGGUCCGCUGGGGAGCAGCGUGGUUCUGCAUGUCCAAGAGGUCUCAUCAGAAAGAGGACAUCCACAUGAGCUUGGACCAGGAACACCUCAGCUUCGGAGCAGUGUAUCAGCAGAGCUACAUGUCCUGGCACCUCACCAUGGAGAACAUGGGCAACAUAGGAGUCAAGUUUAAGUGGGACAUCAAGAGCUUCAAGCCAGAUUUCUCCAUCAGUCCCACAAAGGGUUACCUCUCCCCAGGAAUGGACGUCCCCUUCACUGUGACCCUCCGCCCCUCUAAGCUGAGCUGUGCUAUCCAGUGCGAGGAGGGCAGUGAGCCACUCCAGCUUACGCUGUCAGGAUGCUGCAUGCAGACCCCUAUGUCCAAAGAGACACUGACUUUCACGUGUUCUGUGCGCGAGAAGCACAGCCAGACCAUCCUCCUGUCCAGCAAUGAGGACUGGACCGUGCAAGCUGUCAUUGAGGGACAACACUAGAAACAGCCUGAUUUUUUCCAUCUGGAGGCCAAUCAACAAAACAAGCCCUACAAGAUCACUUAUGAACCCCUAAUCAUAAGGUCUGGGAACAAGAAGCAUCAGGGCUCCCUCUACUUCCCAUUGCCGGAUAGGACAGGCUUGUACUACUUGCGAGGGACUGCUGAGGCCCCGAAGUGUUCAAGGACCAUUUUCCAGCAUGUGCCCUGUACGACUUCCUACACUGAGCUCAUCCCUGUCUCCACGUGGCUGAACGGGUCACACAGAGGUGAGUUCCUCAUGGUGGUGGACAUGCUCAAACCAGAAAACCUGGAAAGCAGUUCUGUGCUGCAGGGACUGGAACACCUUGAUGUGCCAGGCUCUGCCAAGAAGGACUGCACCUUCCUCUCCUACAAGGAAGGAGUCUUUAACGCAAUGGUGACCUUCCUCAACAAGGUUACCAGUGAGUACUUCUACAUGGUGGCUCCCUAGGCCGCCACUUCAGGACUCAGCAUGGUUGAAGUGGCCGCUGCUCUUCGGCAGAGAGCGUCUGCCACCGUCAGGGUGGACGACCCUCCGCCCGUCCCGCUGAUGUUUGCCAUAGGUUGCAAAGUGCCCCACAUCAGUGAUCCCCCACAGUUCACUGUUCCUGCGCAGUCAGAGGGAGGAGUUGAUCUUGAGUACCAGUCCCUGAAAGUGGGUGAGAGUACCGGGUGCCUGGUACUCUGGAGCAGCGACUUGGGCUCUUUCUCCUACAAUCUGCAUCUGAAUGCCACAGUGAGUGGGCUGGAGAAGCCCCAACUCUUCUGCACCACACUGGGCUCUAGUCAGACCAUCACCACCAAAAUAAUGUUAUCAUUUAACGCCCAGCAGAAGCCGACUACCUCCUCCAGACCCAACUGUGCUGACUUCCUGACAAAGAAAACCAUCGGCAUAGCUUCCUCCAGCCCGGGAGGCUCGGAGGUGAGCAUGGAGGUGCCCUUCAUGCCCUGCCAGACGGACGAAGCCAGGGCCACACUGCAGAUCUCCUCCCUGCUUGGUGGGGAAUACAGCAUCCCCCUCUUCAGCCUUACCCUCCCGAGCCCAUUUCCCAUCCAGACUGGUGGCACCGCCUCCACCUCCUUCAAGAACAUCUUCCUGCAGCCCAUGGCCUUCCAGAACCAGGUGGAGCACUCAGCCUUCACCCUCAGGGCCCCCCCCACCUCCCUCUCUGUCUCCUCGGAGGGUGGCGCAGCCCCCAUCACCAGCAAGACGGGGGUCUCCUGCCCUAGAGCGGGGGGUGUCUCCUGGGUCUACAACCAGCGGGGCGUCCCGGCUCACCAGUGA